AUGCAGCAUGAUCGAACCUUCCGCAAAUUGGAUCCAUGCGCUAACGUCGAUGCUGGCCUGCGUCUUUUCGCCGAGCUUCGGUCCGAGAUUUGCAGUGCUUGGAUCGUAGUAGUGAAGCAGAAGGUGUUGGAUGAUCGCGUUGGUUUCGAUGAUGGUGAUGGGUCCAUCGGUGAGGACGGGAGAACGACCGAGGGGGUGGAUCUGUUUGAGAUCGGGGCCGGCGAGCCGUGUGAUGGGAUCGCGUUUGUAGUGUUUGACCGUGUACGGUACGCGAAGCUCUUCGAGCAGGAAGAGGAUUCGGUUGGAUCGACUCAGUUCGAGAUGGUGCAGCACCAGACCGGUUGUACCGCCAGCGGCUGA